UUUUAUUUUAAAAGUUUAUGUGUUUACUUACAAGUAUUACUCGUUCUCAAUUAUUGUUUGUUUAUUUUUUUAGCUAUACCUUUAUAUUACUGUUUAAGAAAUUGUGGAAGAUAUUAUAGCAGGAAGAAUAGUAUGACAAGACAUAUGAAAUUUGAGUGUGGCGUUCCUAAACAAUUUUGUUGCCCGUAUUGUAAAAAGAUGUUUCAUCGAAAAUCAAUUUUAAAGAUACACGUAAUGGCCGUACAUAAAAUGCAAUUUGACGAAAUACUAACAAUUUCAUGUAAAAUGUCAUUUCAUUGUUUAAGGAACUGUGGAAAAAGUUAUAAUAGAAAAUAUAGUAUGCAAAGACAUAUGAAGUACGAGUGUGGCGUUCCAAAACAAUUUGUUUGCCCAUACUGUAACAAAAACUUUAGUCAUAAGAGCAACAUGAAAUGUCAUGUGGUUGUAUUACACAAUAUACACAAAUUACUUUUUAUUUCAGGGAAUAUUAUUUCAGCCAGUGAUCGAUAUUAUUGUCCUAGAGGUUGUGGUCGAAAUUACAAGCGAAAAGAAGAUUGUGUGCGUCAUAUGAAGUUGGAAUGUGGCAUACAACCCAAAUUUAAAUGCCAAUUUUGUAACAAAAGGUCACAUCGCAAGUCAAAUUUAAAAGUUCACGUUGUAUCUGUACAUAAAGUCCCUUUUGAAGAAACGCAGAUUAUCAUAUUAUCUAACAGUUAAAUUCAUGUCUUUAUUUUGUUAUUUCUUGUAAAUAUAUUGUAAUGUCUCUAAAUAAGUUGACAUUUAUUUCGGUCUUUGUUUAAGCCAAAUAUAUGAAUGUUGGUUAUCAAGCUUCACAAAAUAAAUGUACAUAAUAUAAUUUUACAAAUAGGUAUUGUGCAAAAUUACACAUAAUUUUUUUUGGUGUUUGAUUAUUGCACGAUUCUAAUUUCAAAAAUACUUGUGUUAAUGAUGUAUCAAAUUAGAAUCAUUGAAAAAC